AGGGCGGGAGGGUGCCCGUGGACGAAGAUUCGAGGGAGAUGAAACCUGGAUGGUUUCACCGCCUCGCCGCCGGAACUGGAAUCUCAUCCAGCUCUGUGGCGACUUUACCAGUCACCUCCUCCGUCCUUCUUAGCCUUCUCCAUGAAUGUCAGAAUCUCCGGCUUCUUCUUCGAGUCCAUGGCCGCUUGAUCGUGUUUGGUCUUAGACCUCAUGAACAGUCCGCGAGUGCCCAUCUCGUAAACGCCUAUUCUCGAUUUGAAAGACACGACCUUUCUCGCUCCGUCUUCGAUUCAGUUCGAGACCCAGGCGUUGUCCUGUGGAACUCCAUGAUCAGGGCCUAUACGAGAGGUGGGCAUUACAGGGAAGCUCUUGAAUUCUAUCACUGCAUGUCAGAGAAAGGUGUGGAUCCAGACAAAUUCACUUUCACUUUUGUCUUGAAGGCUUGCACUGGUGCUAUGGACUUACAAGAGGGUAUUAGAGUUCAUGGUGCGGUUGUUGACAAGGGCUUUGAGUCUGAUAUUUACGUAGGUUCAGCUCUUGUUGAUAUGUAUGGCAAAGUCGGUGAUUUGAGCUCUGCCCGACAACUGUUUGAUAAAAUGACUGAUAAAGAUGUUGUUGCUUGGAACGCCAUGGUUUCUGGGUUGGCUCAACACGCGUGUCCGCAUGAAGCCUUCCGUUUCUUUCGUGAUAUGCAUUCGAGUUGUGUUAAUAUGGAUUAUAUUAGUCUGUUCAACUUGAUCCCUGCUGUUUCAAAGCUUGGGGACGUUGAUGUGUGCAGAUGCCUUCAUUGUCUUGUGAUUAAGAAGGGUUUUAGCUCGGUUUUGCAUAAUGGGCUGAUCGAUAUGUACUGCAAAUGCGCAGAUGUAUCUGCUGCUAAAUGCAUUUUUGAGAACAUGACAAGCAUGCAUGACUCUUCAUGGAGCACAAUGAUGUCAGGCUAUGCUUAUAAUAUGUUCUUUGAAGAGAUUUUGGAUUUAUUUGAUCGCAUGAAAAACAGUGGUGUCAGAAUGAACAAGGUAGCUGCUGUUAGUGCUCUUCAGGCUGCUGCUUCUUUGGGGGAUUUAAAGAUGGGGACAGAGAUUCACAAAUACGUCGAGCUACAGGGGAUGUUUGAUGAUGUCCUGGUUGCAACUUCUCUGAUGAAUAUGUAUGCCAAAUGUGGUGAAUUAGAGAAGGCAGAAGAGUUAUUCCAAAAACUUAAAGAUAGGGAUGUUGUUGCGUGGUCAGCUAUCAUAUCUUCAUUUGAGCAAACAGGGCAUUGCAAAGAUGUUCUCUCAUUGUUCAGGAAGAUGAUGAGCAAAUACGUUAAACCGAAUGCUGUAACAUUGAUAAGUGUGCUUCCUGCUUGUGCAGAACUAACCUCCUCAAGACUCGGUAAAAGCAUACACUGUUAUGCUGUGAAGGCCAAUCUUGAUUCUGAUUUGGCAACUGCUACAGCUAUUGUUUCGAUGUAUGCUAAAUGUGGCCUCUCUGCUUCCGCACUUAAAGUUUUUGAAAGAGUGCAGUGUAAAGAUGCUGUGGUUUUCAACGCUCUUUUAGACGGGUACACCCAGAACGGUGACACCUGUAAAGCAUAUGAGGUGUACAGAGACAUGAAGGCAGAUAGAAUAUGCCCUGACCCAGGAACAAUGGUUGGUUUGCUUCACGCUUGUGCAGUACAUAGCGACUAUGUUCAAGGUUCUUGCAUCUAUGGGCAAAUUAUAAAACAUGGGUUUGCUACUGAAUGGAAUGUGGAACAUGCUCUAAUUGAUAUGUUCGCCAAAUGUGGAGCCCUUGGUUCAGCUAUAUCCUUGUUUAGCUCAUACGAGUUCAAGAAAAGUGUUGUAUCUUGGAAUAUAAUGAUUACAGGAUACAUGCUAAAUGGCCAAGCUGAAGGAGGUAUUGCGACUUUUCGUCAGAUGAGACUAGAGAGGUUUCAGCCGAAUAUAAUCACAUUUGUCAAUGUCUUACAUGCAGCAACACAAUUAGCAGCCUUAAGAGAAGGAAUGUCUAUUCAUGGCUGUCUCAUUAAGUUGGGAUUUCAGUUCCACACCGCUGCAGGGAAUAGUCUGGUCGAUAUGUAUGCAAAGUGCGGAAUGAUCGGGUUUUCUGAGAAAAUUUUUAACGAGAUGGGAAACAAAGACAUCAUUUCAUGGAAUACUAUGCUCGCUGCUUAUGCUGCCCAUGGCCUUGGAGACUCUGCUCUCUCACUUUUCUCAUUUAUGCAAGGAAAGGAAUUUGAUCCGGAUUGUGUUUCUUUCCUCAGUGUUCUGUCUGCUUGUAGACAUGCAGGAUUAGUUGAAGAAGGAAAACUUUUAUUCAACUCUAUGCACAAGGAUCACAAUAUUGAAGCAAAUUUGGAACAUUAUGCUUGUAUGGUGGAUCUUUUAGGCCGCGCGGGUUUAUUUGACGAAGCAUUGGAUAUUGUGAGAACAAUGACAAAGAAACCUGAUGCAAGAGUCUGGGGAGCUUUAUUCAAUUCUUCGUUAAUGCAUUCCAGCCUGUUGUUAGCUGAAGCAUCACUAUGUCAACUUGCCAAACUUGAGCCAGAAAACCCUUUACAUUAUGCCGUACUACUGAAAACUAGGGGCCAAGAACGGAGAUGGGUCGAGGCAGGAAGCUUUUGCUCGAGGGUUGGUGGAUCUAGGAUCAAAAAAAUUCCUGGCCGUAGCUGGUUUGAAGCUUAAAAAACUGCAAUCUUUUAUCAUAGGUGAAGGUAUCUGAGUUGGUCAAUGAAAGUGUUUCAGACUCAAUCCCUGAUUAAAAUACUGAGCAGAUGCAACAAUGGUGAGGAUAACUGCCUUAGGAUGAUGCCACUUAAGAGCAUGCACGAUGUGGAGAAACAAGAGAAGCACUAGAUCAUGAAAAUACCCUCUUCCAAAGAAAUCAAUUGGAAUACAUCGAUGAUCAAGAAACUAGGAAGAAAUGUCCGAGCAUGAAGUGUUCGAUGAUAUCAUCUGGCAUCACGGAUCAUGAAGACGUUAGACGAAAAUUGGAGGGCAAAGUUCUUGCUUCUGUUACAAAGCUGAUCUGGUCUAUUGCUGGUUCAAGUUUCCCCUAAAAUGCUUCUGAUGGCAUUAUUUCAAUCAGAAAAUCGAUGAUUGUGAUAUCUUCCAUUAUGUUAUCGUUCUUGGUGAGGGAAAAAAGAAGAAGAACGGAAGACUGUCUCUGUAAAUUCAGCAUUGUCAAGGCAAAUAUGCUGAAGGUUACAGAAAUAUUUGGCUCUUUGAUACGCUCAAUAGGUAAUGAUAACCCGACAGCUACAAACACUGAAAACAGCAGAAGAACACGAAUAAGAAGCUACGUGUAAAGAUUGUGGCAGCAUUUCCACAAAUAGACGGUAAAUGUAUAUACCUACGGAGAGCUAUGGUGUAUAAACUCUCACUUGUUGUCUUGAAGCUUGUGAUGCUGCUCAAUAUUUUCCCCAGCCUCUAUCCAUUGCAAAAGAUUACAGAUGGUCAAGGUCAAUGGGUAGUUGGACGGAACGAACUCUGGGUACGUACGGGUUGUGUAUCCGACACCGAACCCAUGCCCUCGGGUUUCGUGUCGGGACCUGUCAUCAUAUCAAUGUCGGCCGGGUAUCUGAGCUUGGGGCAUGCAUAAUGUCCCAAAUGCUCGGAUAUCUACGGGUUACUUGAUCGGCAAGGUAGCGAGGCGAAGAGUAAAAGACGAAGAAAGAGUCGUGGACCGAGGCAAAUCCUAAUAAAACCCUAAAUCCCCCUCCUUUGCCAGUCGAAACCCGAAGAUGAUAUUCAGGAAAUCCAAUCCACCAGGUCCUUUUGCAUAUGAAAAGUUAAUCUGCAUAGCAACAUUGUCCUGCUCCUGUAUAAGGAGAAAAGAACAUCAAAGAGUUUAGAAAGGAUUUGCUCUAGAGAUGGUAUUAGUUCUUGCACCAAAGGCUGAACUAAGAUAUGGUUUUCCGUUUAUUAAACCCCAUUUAUCCAUCAUCUUUUUUUUUUAAUAUAUAGUUUAGAAUUUUCUAGUGAGGAUUUUUAA